ACUCACCUGCAGCCGUGAUGCUGACAGCAGCGUGAGAUGUCGGCGGAGAAGCGUGGCGAGCCGCGGGCACGCAGAGCACGCGCCCUCCUGCCCGCCGAUGCGCCGCCGCCAGCCAUAAAUGCUCGUCGUCGAGCUUCGCGUGCGCUGCCUCGCUCGCCUCGAGCAAGUCAUCACCAAAUUGCGCGCAGAUCAGGAGAAGUAGCGCGAAGCGUGCGAUUCUUGCAGCAUGGCGUGGGACAGCAAGCUCAGGCAGCAAGCUCAGGCAGCGACAACAUCAGCCUGGGCCACGACGAGCGAUUGGUGCGCUGCAGAUGCGAUACCCGUGCUGCUGAAUGCUUGGAGAAUGUCUCCCACUGCACAUUGCUCUGGUGCCGCCGCUGCUUCUCGUAGACUUCGACGGCGGUGACAAGAACUCAAUUUGCAUCUGCUAGACUGAUGCCUUAUAUGCUCUAAUGGAUGACAGCCGCACUCUUCAUUGCAGCAGCGGCCUUGGUUCAUGCUCUUGCCACCUUCAAUAGCGGCGCUCGUGU